GGGACCACUUUCCUGAAAAACAUCCGCCAGUUUAUCAUGCCAGUGGUGAGUGCCCGAUCUUCUCGUCUUAUCAAGACCCCAAGACGCUUCAUGGAUGAAGAGAUCCCUCGACCCCCAAGAACUGAGGCCUCACCCCCUCCCCGGCCACCUGUGGAAGUCUCUCCACCAGCCCCCCAAGAACCACCUCCAGCCCCUACCCCUACCCCUUCUCCACCUCCCCGCUCACCAACACCCCCACCAACCCCUCUUCCUGAAAAGAGACGGUCUAUCCUGAGGGAACCCACAUUCCGAUGGACUUCACUGAGUUUGGAGCUUGCCCCACCUCCACCUCCAGCUCCUCCUCCAGCCCCACCCCCAGCACCCACAACCCCAUCCCGGAGGCCCCUUCUGCUUCGAGCUCCCCAGUUCACGCCUAGUGAAGCUCACUUGAAGAUCUAUGAAUCUGUGCUGACCACACCUCUGCCUGGGGCCCCUGAUCCUCCCGAGCCAGAGCCUCCCCCAGCUGAAGAACCUAUCUUGGAGCCUGAGUCUCGGACAGGCAGUCGAACCAAUCACCUCAGCUUGCCCUGCUUCACCCCUUCAGCAACCACACCAACAAAGGCUGAGAGCCCUCAGGGUUCACUGGUCCAUAGCAAUGGGCAGCAGCAGCCUCAGCCUCAGCCGCUGCAGCCGCCACCACCACCAUCACCAUCACCAUCACCGCAGCCACAACAGCCACCACCACAGCCACCACCAGUCCCUGAUGAGCAGAGCCUUUGUGCCCGGGGAACAAUUUCCCUUCCACUCUCUGGGGUGGAAGAGAAGAUGUUCAGUCUUCUAAAGAAGGCUAAAGUACAGCUGUUUAAGAUCGAUCAGCAACAGCACCAACAGAAGGUGGCCCCCCCAGCUCCGCCAAGUCCUGGAAUGAGGGUGGAAGAAUCUGUGAGGGCCAUCAAACAGAGUCCUGACAGAGGGGCUGUCAAGUCCGAGGAUGAGUUGCUGGAAGCCAAGAAAGAGAGACCCCCGGGUCCUGAGUCGCCAGUGCAGGGUCCUCGAAUCAAACAUGUUUGUCGCCAUGCUUCUGUGGCACUGGGCCAGGCCCGAGCCAUGGUGCCCGAAGAUGUCCCUCGACUCAGUGCCCUGCCCCUUCGGGAACGGCAUGACCUUGCAGCCGAUGAUACAUCAUCAGCAUCUGAGACAGAAGGUAUCUCAUCAAGGUCUCGAAGGGGAAAGGUGGAACCAGCAGGCCUGGGUGGAAGCUCAGGUCCCACAGGGACUGGGGGGACUCUGCCCCAUGCCCCGAGGCGAUCCUUGCCUUCCCACCAAGGCAAGAAGAUGCGAAUGGCAAGAUGCGGCCGUUGCCGAGGCUGUUUGAGACUACAGGACUGUGGGUCCUGUGUCAAUUGCUUGGAUAAACCCAAGUUUGGAGGCCCAAACACAAAGAAACAGUGCUGUGUGUACCGGAAGUGUGAUAAGAUUGAGGCCCGAAAGAUGGAACGCCUGGCUAAGAAAGGCCGAACAAUGGUGAAGACACUGUUGCCCUGGGAUUCAGACGAAUCCCUGGAAGCCUCUCCUGGGCCUCCUGGGCCUCGUCGGGGGUCAGGAGGUGGGGGGCCCCGGGAAGAGGCAGUGGCCCCCCCUGGGUCUGAAGAGCAGGAUCCCCUCCUGCAGCGCAAGUCAGCCCGUCGCUGCGUCAAACAGCGGCCUUCCUAUGACAUUUUUGAAGACUCAGAUGACUCAGACCCAGGUGUCCCCCCAGCUUCCCGACGACGAACCCCUCGAGAAAAUGAGUUGCCCCUGCUGGAGCCUGAAGAGCAAAGCCGGCCCAGGAAGGCCACUUUGCAACCCGUGGUGCAGCUUAAGGCUCGGAGACGUCUAGAAAAGGACACUUCUGCUCCUGGACUCUUUGCCUCCUUCCCCAAUGGCUGGACUGGAAAGCAAAAAUCUCCUGAUGGUAUCCACCGAGUCCGUGUGGAUUUCAAGGAGGACUGUGACCUGGAAAAUGUGUGGCUGAUGGGUGGUCUGAGCGUGCUCACUUCUGUGCCUGGGGGUCCCCCCCUCGUUUGUCUGCUAUGUGCCAGCAAAGGCUUACAUGAGCUGGUGUUUUGCCAGGUGUGCUGUGACCCUUUCCACCCAUUCUGCUUAGAGGAGGCAGAGCGGCCCCUGCCCGAGCACCAUGACACCUGGUGCUGCCGCCGGUGCAAGUUUUGCCAUGUCUGUGGGCGUAAGGGCCGUAGCACUAAGCACCUGUUGGAGUGUGAGCGCUGCCGCCAUGCCUACCACCCCGCCUGUCUGGGGCCCAGUUACCCAACCCGUGCAACUCGGAAAAGGCGCCACUGGAUCUGCUCAGCCUGUGUUCGAUGUAAAAGCUGUGGAGCGGCUCCAGGAAAGAACUGGGACAGCGAGUGGUCAGGAGAUUGUAGUCUUUGCCCUGGCUGUACCCAGCUUUAUGAGAAAGGAAACUUCUGCCCAAUUUGUACACGCUGCUAUGAGGAUAAUGACUAUGAGAGCAAGAUGAUGCAGUGUGCACUGUGUGACCACUGGGUGCAUGCCAAGUGCGAGGGCCUCUCAGAUGAGGGCUAUGAGAUUUUGUCUGGGCUGCCAGAUUCGGUGCUAUAUACAUGUGGGCCAUGUGCUGGGACAGCUCCUCCUAGAUGGAGGGAAGCCCUGGAUGGGGCUCUUCGAGGAGGACUACACCAGGUACUACAAGGCUUACUGAGUGCCAAGGUGACUGGACCACUGCUGCACUGCACCCAGUGUGGACAGGAUGGAGAGCAAUUGCACCGAGGACCCUGUGACCUUCGAGCUAUAAGCCAGCUCUUUGAAGAUGGACACUACAGCUCUGUGCACAGCUUCAUGGAGGAUGUGGUCAGUAUCCUGAUGAGACACAUGGAAGAAGGAGAUGCCCCUGAGCGCCGGGCUGUUGGGCAGGCCAAGGGGCUCCUCUUGAAGCUACUGGAGUCUGCCUUCAGUUGGUUUGAUGCCCAUGAUCCCAAGUACUGGAGACGGAGUACCCGGCUACCCAAUGGUGUCCUUCCCAAUGCAGUUCUUCCCCCAUCUGCGGAUCACAUCUAUGCUCAGUGGAGACAACAAGAGUCUGAGACCCCAGGAUCUGUACAUCCACCUGGAGGAGCUACCCAAGCCAAGGAGCUAGCUUUGGAUCCCCAUUUAGAGGAUCCACGUCAGUGUGCCCUCUGUCUCAAGUAUGGAGAUGCUGACUCCAAGGAGGCUGGAAGGCUCUUAUACAUUGGACAAAAUGAGUGGACACAUGUCAAUUGUGCCAUCUGGUCAGCAGAAGUGUUUGAGGAGAAUGAUGGCUCCCUUAAGAAUGUUCAUGCGGCUGUAGCCCGGGGCCGGCAGAUGAGGUGUGAACUGUGCCUGAAGCCUGGGGCCACUGUGGGCUGCUGCUUGUCCUCUUGCCUUAGCAAUUUCCACUUCAUGUGUGCCCGAGCCAGCUGCUGUAUCUUCCAGGAUGACAAGAAGGUUUUUUGCCAAAAACACACGGACCUCCUGGAUGGCAAGGAGAUUGUGACUCCCGAUGGCUUUGAUGUUCUCCGAAGAGUUUAUGUGGAUUUUGAGGGCAUCAGUUUCAAGCGAAAGUUUUUGACAGGAUUAGAACCAGAUGCCAUCAAUGUGCUCAUUGGCUCUAUCCGAAUUGAUUCCUUGGGGACGCUGUCUGACCUGUCUGACUGCGAGGGAAGACUCUUUCCCAUUGGCUACCAGUGUUCACGUCUGUACUGGAGCACAGUGGAUGCCCGUCGGCGCUGCUGGUAUCGGUGCCGGAUCCUAGAGUAUCGACCCCGGGGCCCUCGGGAGGAACCUGACCAUAUAGGGGCAGCAGAGGAGAAUAGGACCAUUGUGCAUAGCCCCAUUUCAGAGCUGCCUGGAGCUGAGACCCCCAAACCGGGGCCUGAUGCAGUUUCCCUGGGUCCUGAGCGGUCCUCCCUUGCCCAGAACACAGGCCCCUUACCACCCCCUCCAGAACAGAGCAUUGCCCCUUCCCCAGUCCCCCGAUCCGUCUCAGGGGCUAGAAUCAAAGUGCCCAACUACUCACCUUCCCGAAGGCCCCUGGGGGGGGUCUCCUGCUGGCCACUCCCCUCCCCGGGAAGUCCAUCAUCUCUGUCUCACCACAUCCCGACAGUUGGUGAUCCAGACUUCCCAGCUCCCCCAAGACGCUCCCGCCGUCCCAGCCCCCUGGCUUCCCGGCUGCCACCCCGACGGGCCUCUCCUCCCUCCAGGCCCACUCCUCAGCUCAGGGUGCCCCCUCCUACCUCAGCCCUCGAGGCCCUCAUGCCUACCUCAGGGGAGCUGGCUCCCCCCGGCCCAGCCUCCUCCCCACCCCCUCCUCCUGAGGACUUGGGCCCCGACUUCGAAGACAUGGAGGUGGUACCAGGGCUCAGCGCGGCCGACUUGGACUUUGCGGCCAGCCUCCUUGGCUCCGAACCCUUCCAGGAGGAGGAGAUUGUGGCGGAGGGGGUUGGGGGGGGCAGCCGGGGGGGGCCUGGGGACAGUUCGGAGGAGGAGGCUGGCCCUGCUGCCCACUACAUUCACUUCCCCCCCACUGUGGUGCCUGGUCCCAUUCCACCACCUGGUCCCAUACCUGGGACCCCCCGAAUUGAACAACUGGAUGGAGUGGAUGACGGCACGGACAGUGAAGCUGAGGCCGUCCAACAGCCCCGGGGCCAGGAAGCCCCUCCUUCAGGGCCAGGGGUGGGUGGG